UUGCAAUUCAGAGCCCUAGCUUCCUUCCUUUUCUUCAAUCAUCUUCAAGACUCUCAUCUCUCUUUGGCCCAAGAACUGGAGGAGAGCAGAAGCCAGAGCUCGUACUCAAUGUCGAGACGGGAGGAGCGAGGCUCGUACUCGAAGCGCCUCCACUCUCGAUCCGGGAGAGACCCAAGCAGUCCAAAGAAAUCAAGAAGAGAUGGGAAACAAGCAACAGAGAGAACAUACUCCAGCAGUCAUCGUCGGGAUGUUGACACACUUGUUCGAGACCAAAAGCAGCACAGAAUAGUACAAGAUGCUUUGCCACUUGAAGGUCCUCCAACAGAAACUAAGGUGCAGCCUGAGACCAUAAAAGAAGGUUUAGACCGAAAGGUUAAUGGGCUCCCUGGUGGCAUGAAGCAUUCCUCUCACACCACGGAAGUACCAAGAUCUCGAAAUUAUUUCCAGCACGAUGAGCGUGAUAGUGCUGGGCAAGGUGGUCGAAGCUCAGGUCGCAGGGCAACAGAUCACGGAAGGUGGAGCGAACCGAAAGAGCAGUCUAGUGAAAGGAUCAGAGAUAAAUCAGCACCUAAAGAACAAUGUGCAGAUGAUAAAAAUUCUUGGAGGCAUGACGGUUUCUUUGAACUGCAGAAGACCGAGGCUCCGCCUGCUAGGAAAAGACCGGCAUUUCGAGAGAAGAAGAUAGAAGCACCAGCAGAAACUGAUGCAGCUGCAAAUCCUACCAGAAGAGAAGAAAGAGGACAUAAUUCUCGGGAAUUGGAGAGAAAGCUUGAUAGGCCAGUCUCAAGAGCUGACGAGAGAAAUUUUAAGAGAGGAGAUGAGUAUUAUCAAAGAGGAGAGAUGCAGAGAGGAAGUUAUCAAUCAAGGGAGAGGCUUAAUGGAGCGGCGAUAAGAGGACGAGAGAGGUUCAAUGGACGACGUGGAGAGAGAAGCACAAAUCAGUCUGGAGGAUUUCAGGCGGAGAAGUGGAAGCAUGAUCUCUUUGAUGAUGCAAACAAAAGCCCGCCACCGAAGAACGAAGAGGAACAGAUUGCAAAGGUCGAGGCCCUUUUGGCGCUGUAAUGUCUUGCUGGUAUUGGGAUAGUGUGGAUGAGAGUUGUGAGCUUAGAAGUGACGAUUUUUCAUAGGAUUUGGCAUGUCCGUGGAAGAAACUCUUUUAGUCUCUUUUGGGUUGUGGUAAAUGUUUCAUUGGACUAUUUAGUGAUGGUAAAUGUGCUAAACUUGUAUUCAGGUGUGACUGCUACUCGAAAAUGCUGGUUUCUUAAAUGGAAAUUAGUGAUAUAUUUUCUUUCUUGUGUA